UGUUCUAUAAGAGUAGGAUUACUCACUGUAACCUUAAUUCAAAUAAGCUUUCUUCAAUGAAUAAAUCCUGAAGAUAGGGAAAAUAAUGAAUUUCUUAUUGCUUUUUCUUUUCUUUAAUGUCCACUGUAGGUAUUCUCGCAGUUGUUUGUGGGCUCCUAGUAUUGCUUUUACCAGAGACAAAGGGAAUAUCCUUACCAGAGACAGUGGAGGAUGCUGAACAGCUUUCAAGUCAUUAUGGUAAAUGUGGCAAGAGAAGGAAACACCGGGACACCAACUCUUAUAUUUGAAGGACAGCACUGAGCAAAGAACCUUGCUCCUGUACUGGGAAUUUGUUUUCCACGUGCUAAUACUUUAAAGUUGGCUGCAGAGUAUGGAUUAUACUCCAUGUUCUUCUUCUGGGCAUAAGAACUUUCAAAAUAAACAGUGUAUUUUUCUAUUAAUAUGAAAUAAACACAUAUUUUCUGAGUAUGAUGUUUGCAGGACAGGAAUGCUCUGUGAUUCUUGAUAAGAGCAGAACAGCAUAAAAAAGAUGCACUUUCCAGCUCAGUGAGCUCUUAUUUAUGUUGCUAGAUGUUUGAACUCUUUGUUUAUUAGCAUAUAGUUUUAGUAUAUACCUCUGAUGGGGACAGUUGGGGCUGAUUGUUCAAGAUUUUGAUGAUUUGGUGAAAAGUGGAUGGGUAUUUGAGCCCUUUCUUCUUUGCCCUCGAAAAACCUGGACAAACAGAAGAGCUGAUGGAUCAGGAAGAAGGAGGUUAAUCACGGAGGUGCUGAGGUGGUGUUGCUCAGGUCGGGAGGGAUAGGAAUUCAUAGCUGUGCCCUGAGAGACCCUCACAGCAAUCUUGCCCUCUCCCUCAGCAACCUUCUGCAACAAAAGCUUUCCAUAGCUCCCUGUUCAAGGGCUUUCUAAAAUGUGGUAGCGUUCCACGUCCUCUCCUUGCCUGGGCUUUAUGUAGGUUUCCUACAUUAGCUCUGAGAGUCAUGUUAUCCCACUGGCCAUCAGUCCUUCCUCCCAUUCCCAGGGUUUGUACGUUACCCCAUUCCCCUCUCCCCAGGCUGAGGUCCCCCAGUCUUUCCUAGGGGAAGAGCUUCUCUCUGCUCUCCCUUGUCGGAUGCCCUUUUCUAACCCUCUUGAAAGAGAGACAUAUGCUAAUUUUUCCACUCUAAAAUAUUCUCUCUGCUCAUCCCUACAAACCAGUUCCCUCACCCUGACUCCCUCCUCUAUGAUGAUCACCCUGCAAAUUCUCUCUUCUCCCUGUUAUUACUUAUCAUCUUUGCACCUUAGAGAUAAGUUGUUUGGAAUGUUGGCUGGUCAAGCUUUCUUGGGAAGAUGAGCAGGGCUGAGAGCUUUGGUGCAGGGAAGUGUUAGUUGGACCCAGCUGUCUGACAGUUGAAUGACAGCAGAAGUGUUUGGAUCUGUGCAUCUGCAAUUAGAUAGCAGGGGCGCACAGUCUUCCCUUUCAGCUGUACGAAUUCCUUCACCAGAUGUUGGAUCCUGGCCACAGAAAGAGAGUGCAUUCUGUGAAAUGAAGGAAUUGAGAAGAUGUGGUAUUCAAAUGCUAUCCUGCUACCAAUGGAGAAUCAAGUAAAAAAAAAAAAGUCAUUGAGCUAUUGUAAAGGGAUUUAUAAGCUCAGAGAAUAACACAUUUGCUGUAGGACCGAGUUUUGAAAUUCAUACCACAAAUGAGUAAAGCUAACUUUAUGAUCUGAAUGCAGCUGAAUGCAUUCAGCUGCUUAAUGACCACUGCUCCAGUCGAACUAUCAUAAGAGUGCACAGUUUCCUGUGCAAGGGGAUUUCCUACAGUACAGGGGAUUUUUCUCACUGCAGCAUGGUGAGGAGUACGCUAUGCGUCUCAACAGCUCCCCGCUCUCCUCACCUUCUCCCGACAGCUGCCCACACCACCAGCCCUGCUGGAGGAAAACAGCACCUUUGUUAGGAAAGUAACGCUUGCAUACUUUGAACAGUUGGAAGUACAGGGCCUCUUUCAAGACUGUUUCUAAUUUACUCUGAGGAUACGAUGCUCACGAUAGGAUACUUCGGAUGAGGUACUUAGGAUGGGAUAGGAUGCUUAGGAAAAGUGACGGGUGACUGCAAGGAAUGAAACUAAAUGAGCCUCUCUAAAUAUAUCUGGCUAAUUGGUGUUAUCUAGAAUAUGAUCUGAAUGUGGAACUACCACUGGAGGGAGAAAACUAUUCCUACGCCAACAUGGUCUUCUGCAGACCACUGUGAAUGCCUUCUGGGCCAGCUCUGAACUGGAAGCCCUGGUGUUGCAUUAGCUUUGCGCUGGCCUGAGUAAAUCUCCAGUCUUUAAGAGGUGGGUAGGAGCUCAGCUCUGCCUGCCUUGCACCUAGCCAGCAGGAUGGGGACUUGCCCUUGUCAGGCAGGCACAGCCCUCAGAGAGCCUCACUGUUCCCUUUAAUGCUUCUUCUUUGUGAAUUUUAAUUUAAAAACUGAAGCAGUCUGGGAAGGACUGUGGAAAUCAUGUAAUGCUCUGGCUUGCCAAAAAAAUGUCAAUAUUGUUUGCCAGCUGUUGCAGUUUGCUGAUGACUGAAUUGUGCUUGAGACGUCAGAGACAUGAAUGCUUGCUUCUGGCCUUUCAGACUGUGAUUUAUUUGGAAUAGCAUUGUUGUUAUACAGAACCAAAUAUGAGCAAUAGAUUUUAGUAUGUAAAAUGGCUAGG